UUUGUAGUUCUCGCGCCUCUGAGUCUCUGCCGCGAUUCAUCUUGGGACUCUUGGGACUUCCGUGACCAGCAAGAGCUCCGAAGUGAGAAACGAAGGGAUAAAGAGAUUAAACCAGAAGAAAAUGAUGUGGUGACUGUUUUUGAGCCCAGCUAUUCCAUACGGAAUGCAGUGUAUGCAGUGUCCCAUGCCCUCCAUAAAACGCUGUUGAGCAAAAUUGAAAUGGGACCUAAAGAAGACAGAAACAUGGACUGGCUUCUUCCAUGCCAGACUGCAUUGACCUACAAUGAUGUGCAUGUGAACUUCACUCGAGAAGAGUGGGCUUUGCUGGAUCCUUCCCAGAGGAAUCUCUACAAAGAUGUAAUGCUGGAGAUCUACAGGAACCUCAUUGCUAUAGGCUACAAUUGGGAAGGUCAUAAUAUGGAAGAUCAUUGUCAAAGUUCUAGAAGAUAUGCAAGGUAUGAAAACAGUGAAAGCGGAGACAAACCCUCUGAAGAUACUCAAUAUAAUGAAAUAUUUGCACCUCACAGUAGUUCCCACACAUAUGAAAGUAUCCAUACUGUUGAGGAUCGGUAUGAAUGUAACCAGUAUGGGAACGCCUUUACACAGAACAGUCAUCUCCUAAGACAUAAAAGGACACAUAUAGGAGAGAAACUUCAUGAAUGUACCCAAUGUGGUAAAGCCUUUGCAUGUAACAGUGAUCUCCUAAGACACAAAAGAACUCACACUGGAGAGAAACCUUAUGAAUGUAACCAGUGUGGUAAAGCCUUUGCAUGUAAAAAUGAACUCCUAAGACAUGAAAGAACUCACACUAGAGAGAAACCUUAUGGAUGUAACCAAUGCGGUAAAGCCUUUGCACAUAUCAGUAGUGUCCUGAGACAUCAAAGAACUCACACUGGAGAGAAACCUUAUGAAUGUAAGCAGUGUGGUAAAUCCUUUGCACAGAACUGUAAUCUCCUAAUACAUGGAAGAACUCACACUGGAGAGAAACCUUAUGAAUGUAACCAAUGUGGAAAAGCCUUUGUUCGUAAAAGUCAUCUCUUAACACAUGAAAGAAUUCACACUGGAGAGAAACCUUAUGAAUGUAACCAAUGUGCUGAAACUUUUGCAUGUAACAGUAGUCUCAUGCUACAUAAAAGAACUCACACUGGAGAGAAACGUUAUGAAUGUAAUCAAUGUGGUAAAGCCUUUACAUGUAAAAGUCAUCUCGUGGUACAUAAAAGUGCUCACACUGGUGAGAAACCUUAUGAGUGUAACCAGUGUGGAAAAGCCUUUGCAAAGAACAGUCAUCUCCUAAUACAUGGAAGAACUCACACUGGAGAGAAACCUUAUGAAUGUAACCAAUGUGCUAAAACUUUUGCACGUAACAGUAGUCUCCUGGUACAUAAAAGAACUCACACUGGAGAGAAACCUUACGAAUGUAACCAAUGUGGUAAAGCCUUUGUACAUAAAAGUAAUCUCUUAACACAUGAAAAAACUCACACUGCAGAGAAACCUUAUGAAUGUAACCAAUGUGCUAAAACCUUUGCAUGUAACAGAAGUCUCCUAGUACAUAAAAGAUCUCACACUGGCGAGAAACCUUACCAAUGUAACCAAUGUGGUAAAGCCUUUGCAUGUAACAGUGAUCUCCUAAGACACGAACGAACUCACACUGGAGAGAAACUUUAUGAAUGUAACCAGUGUGGUAAAGCCUUUGCUUGUAAUAAUGAACUCCUAAGACAUGAAAGAACUCACACUGGAGAGAAACCUUAUGGAUGUAACCAAUGUGGUAAAGCCUUUGCAUAUAACAGUAGUGUCCUGAGACAUCAAAGAACUCACACUGGAGAGAAACCUUAUGAAUGUAAGCAGUGUGGUAAAUCCUUUGCACAGAAUUGUAAUCUCCUAAUACAUGGGAGAACCCACACUGGAGAGAAACCUUAUGAAUGUAACCAAUGUGGUAAAGCCUUUGUUCGUAAAAGUCAUCUCUUAACACAUGAAAGAACUCACACUAGAGAGAAACCUUAUGAAUGUAACCAAUGUGCUAGAACUUUUGCAUGUAAUAAUAGUCUCAUGCUACAUAAAAGAACUCACACUGGAGAGAAACAUUAUGAAUGUAACCAAUGUGGUAAAGCCUUUACAUGUAACAGUCAUCUCGUGGUACAUAAAAGUGCUCACACUGGAGAGAAACCUUAUGAAUGUAACCAAUGUGGUAAAGCCUUUCUACGUAAAAGUAAUCUCUUAACACAUGAAAGAACUCACACUGGAGAGAAACCUUAUGAAUGUAACCAAUGUGCUAAAACCUUUGCACGUAACAAUAGUCUCCUGGUACAUUAUAGAACUCACACUGGAGAGAAACCUUACCAAUGUAACCAAUGUGGUAAAGCCUUUACAUGUAACAGUAGUCUCAUGCUACAUAAAAGAGCUCACACAGGUGAGAAACCUUAUGAAUGUAACCAGUGUGGUAAAGCCUUUCUACGUAAAAGUCAUCUCUUAACACACGAAAGAACUCACACUGGAGAGAAACCUUAUGAAUGUAACCAAUGUGGUAAAACCUUUGCAUAUAACAGUAGUCUCCUGGUACAUAAAAGAACUCACACUGGAGGGAAACGUUAUAAAUGUCACCAAUGUGGUAAAGCUUUUACAUUUAAGAGUAAUCUCCUGCUACAUAAAAGAGCUCACACUGGAGAGAAAUUUCAUGCAUGUAACUAGUGUGUUAAAGUCUUUGCAUGUAACUGUGUCCUUCUACGACAUAAAAGAAUUCAUACUGGAGAGAAACCUUAGGAAUGUGAUGAAUGUCACAAAGCCUUUACACAGAGCAGUAUUCUAAAAGAUAAGAGAACUCACACUGGAGAUUAACCUUAUGAAUAUAACCAAUGUGGUAAAUAAAGCCUUUCCAUGUAACAGUAAUCUCUGAAAACAUAAGAGAACUCAUACUAGAGAGAAACCUUAUGACUGCAACCACUGUGCUAAAACCUUUGCAUGUAACAGUAGUCUCCUGGUGCAUAAAAAACUCACACUGGAGAGAAACCUUACAAAUGUAACCAAUGUGAUAAAGCCUUUACAUGUAGCAGUAGUCUCAUGCUACAUAAAAGAGCUCACACUGGAGAGAAAUCUUAUGAAUGUAAUUAGUGUGAUAGAGCCUUUGUAUGUAAAAGUCAUUUCUUAACACAUGAAAGAACUCACACUGGAGAGAAACUUUAUGAACGUAACCAAUGUGGUAAAUAAAGCCUUUGCAUGUAACAGUAAUCUCUGAAAACAUAAGAGAACUCAUACUGUAGAGACACCUUAUGAAUGCAACCAAGGUGGUAAAGUCAUUACAUAUAACAGUGUCUCCUAAUACAUAAACUCACACUGGAGAGAAACAUUAUGGGAUGUGUCCUAUGUGUAAAGCCUUUUGCACAAAACAGUCAUUUCCUUAUAUAGACUUGCUCUUCUUCCUGAAGAUACCUGAUAAAAGAGGAUCAGAUGAAUUGGGAGGAGGUCCCCCCAUCAGUGGACUUGGAAAGGGGCAUGGUG